CGCAAAAGUAAGUUCUACAGACAGACAUCAGGUAGCGUACCGGUCAUAUUCUCAAUGCGUAUUAUGAUUAUUUUAAAGUGUGUGAAGUUAUAUCAUAAAAUUUGACUUAAGUCGUAAUUAAUAAAUGGCCAUAUAUAUUUGACAUAACGAUUCGAUCGGGAUUUUAAAUUAUUUUUUUUCAUACCAACAAUGCAAAUUUCUCGUAUUAAUAAACUAGAACUGUUUUCAGUAAUAUUUCGAGGUUAUGGAACUCAAAGAUACCACAAUUACUAUGAGAUAUUAGAAGUUUCACCAGAUUGCUCGCAAAAGGAAAUAAGAAGAUCCUUUAUUGCGUUAUCGAAAAAAUUUCAUCCUGAUAUCAUUGGAAAAGAGGGACACGAUAAAUUUGUAGCACUGCAAGAAGCUUACAACGUUCUUAGCAAGGAACAUACCAGGAAACAAUAUGACAUGAGUUUAAAAUAUAAUACUCAUUCGUCAUUUUCUUCUGAACCUAGUCCAAGACCAGACUAUUAUCAAGUUUAUAGAUCCCGUAGAGAAUGGGAAGAGCAUAUGGCAAGAGGAAACUGGCAACCAAAUUACGAUGAAAAAGGACAAAAGAAGAAAAAUACAGAGUUGUUAGCAUUUAUUAUAUUUGGAACUUUUUUAAUAAUUUUUCAAUUAAUAAUUGUGCAACAAGGAUUAUUAGGCAGAGUUAAUCUGCUGCAAACGAAAUAUCAAAAUGAAUAUAAUGUAAUGCGAGAAAGGACAAGAAAACUUACAUUUAAUCAACAGAUGGAUGUUGUGAAAGAAAGAAUAAAAAUACACGAGGAAAAGCAAAAUAGAAAAGAAUUAGAAGAUGAAAAGUAAACAUAUUAUUUUAGAAAGAAUCAUUA